CACACAUACACACACGCCUCGUUCGUGCCAAGCCUAAUCCUCACACACUCGCAAACACACACACGCGCGAAGCCCUGAGCCUCGCAUGCGCGCUCGCUCGCACGCUCUCUCUCUCUCUCUCUCUCACUCUCUCUCGCCGGCCGGACUUGGAGCACUGUGCUCGCCGGAGAACACGGAGCAUCUCUCGCGCUCUCGUUCGUUUCCACUCUUUCCGGAGCUCCGACCUCUCUCCGUUAAUCUUCGCCGCUCGCCGGCGGCCGGAAAACCUGACCUAAUCGGCUUGGAAUUCGCUGUAAAAUUUAAUUUUUUGGAAGGGAGAACGUGGAUCUGGUAUAAUUUUCUUCGUUUGAGCUCUGAUUGAUGGAAUUCCUGGAGGAAAUGGAGAUUUAGAAGCUUUUGUUGUUCUUGAAGCAUAGUUUUCCGUCAAAUAAAGGUUUCCGAGUGAAAAUUCAGGCUGGAAUUUGAAUCUCCGCGCACGAGCUCGCAGAAUUAGAAGCAUAAGAUAUGAUUAAUCUGAAGUUCCCAGUUGUUGCCAGAAGACUGCAGAAUCCGCCAGGAACAAAUUAAGUCCAGAUGUUGCUGCACUGUGAACAAUGUCAGUCAUUCAUUAAUAAUGUGAAAAGUUGAGCAGCAAUGGAGGUUUUGCAGUAGAAAUAUAGAUAUAUUUUCUAGGUGACGGGUUGAGGAUUAGGGAGAGGAGAUUAUGGCAACUGAUAUGCAGAAAUUGAUUGGAACGAGUGAAGAAGAUGAAGAGGAAGACAUGGACAUGGAUGUGAAAGAAGAGGAUGAUGGUGAUGGUGAAGAAAAUGGAGAGAAGCAUGCUGCCACACCAGUGAUGGUAGAGGUUGGAGGGAUGGCAACUAGUGGCAGUAAUAACCAGUUUCAAUACCAUGACCAGCAAGCCUCUCGGAGGUGUAGACCACUGGAAGAGAAAGAAAGAACAAAGCUAAGAGAGCGGCACAGAAGGGCAAUUACCGCAAGGAUCUUGGCUGGGCUUCGGAGGCAUGGUAACUAUAAUCUUAGAGUUAGGGCUGAUAUCAAUGAUGUAAUUGCUGCUCUGGCAAGGGAAGCGGGCUGGGUUGUUCUUCCAGAUGGAACCACCUUUCCUUCAAGAUCUCAGGGCCCAAGGCCUAUGGGUGGCGCUUCUGCUGUGGUGACUCCAUCAUCUUCCCAUAUGGUGUCCCAACAGACUCCAGCUGCUUCCCUUAGAGGAGUUUCCUCUGGCUACCAGAACUCAGGGGAGUACAAUGCAAGUAGUAUGAAAGGCGUGUAUAUGCCCAAUUCAUCACCUUAUGAUCUAUCUUCCAGUACUCGAUCUCAAACUCCACCCAUGGUGGGUGAUGGUGGAGAACACGAGAGUCAUCCUCUUAUUGGUGGCUCCAUGAAUACAGUUGAUGACAAGCAGAUUGUCGACCUAGCCCCAAAGUUACCUGAACGUGAUUUUGCUGGAACCUCUUAUGUUCCUGUUUAUGUGAUGCUACCCUUGGGUGUCAUUAAUAUGAAGUGUGAGAUGGUCGAUCCGGAUGGUCUACUAAAGCAGCUAAGGGUGUUGAAAUCAGUGAAUAUUGAUGGUGUUAUGGUUGAUUGCUGGUGGGGCAUAGUAGAGGCACAUGCUCCUCAAGAGUAUAAUUGGAGUGGUUACAAGAGGCUCUUUCAGAUGGUUCGUGAGCUUAAGCUCAAGUUACAGGUUGUGUUGUCAUUUCAUGAAUGCGGGGGCAAUGUUGGUGAUGAUGUUUGUAUUCCACUGCCCCAUUGGGUGGCAGAAAUUGGUCGAAGCAAUCCUGACAUUUUUUUCACUGAUAAAGAGGGGAGGCGCAAUCCUGAAUGUCUCUCAUGGGGAAUAGACAAGGAUCGGGUUUUAAGGGGCCGAACUGCUGUUGAGGUUUACUUUGACUACAUGAGAAGCUUCCGGACAGAAUUUGAUGAGUUCUUUGAGGAUGGCAUCAUUUCCAUGAUUGAAGUUGGACUAGGACCAUGUGGGGAGCUCCGUUACCCAUCUUUUCCCGUGAAGCAUGGUUGGAGAUAUCCUGGCAUUGGCGAAUUCCAGUGUUAUGAUCAAUAUUUGUUGAGAAGUCUAAGGAAGGCAGCAGAAGACAGGGGACACUCCUCAUGGGCAAGAGGACCAGAUAAUGCAGGUUCCUAUAAUUCCCGGCCUCUUGAAACAGGAUUUUUUUGUGAUGGAGGUGAUUAUGAUGGCUAUUAUGGAAGGUUCUUCCUGAAUUGGUAUUCUCAAAUUGUAGUUGAUCAUGGUGAUCGUGUACUUUCUCUAGCAAAGUUAACUUUUGAUGGGACCCGCAUUGCUGCAAAGCUACCAGGUAUUUACUGGUGGUACAAGACAGCCAGUCAUGCUGCUGAAUUAACUGCUGGGUUCUAUAACUCUUGCAAUCGUGACGGUUAUGCUGCAAUUGCAGCAAUGCUAAAGAAGCAUGGAGCUGCAUUAAACUUCACAUGUGUUGAGAUACAAAUGUUAGGCCAGCAUGAGGACUUCGUGGAGGCAUUGGUAGAUACUGAGGGGUUAGUAUGGCAAGUGCUGAAUGCUGCAUGGGAUGCUUGCAUACCAGUUUCUAGUGAGAAUACACUUUCUUGUCACGACAGAAUAGGCUAUAACAAGAUAUUAGAUACUGCCAAGCCCAUGAAUGAUCCAGAUGGGAGGCAUUUUUCGUCUUUUACCUACCUUAGGCUUAGUCCACUUCUUAUGGAAAGACACAAUUUCAUGGAAUUUGAACGGUUUGUCAAGAAAAUGCACGGGGAAGAAGUUCUUGAUCUCCAGGUAUAGUGGGAUGAAGUCUCUCCUGAAUAUGUAUUAUUUAUCUCUUCCCCACAAAAAUAUUGGGGUUACUGUGUUGCAGAUUAGGGGAAUAGUAUUUUUGCUAUUAUCUAUACUAGGUAAUUGACUACUAGAUUGGGCCAUUUUUUAAUCAAACACAAAGCCCAACCAAGAUGUACAAGUAAUUAAUACAUAGAUUUAAUAUAAUCAUUUUUAACAUAA